GGCAGAAGUUAGACACUCGUAACCACAAGGGCUGUGUAGGGCAGAAGCCAUGGGGAGGGUACAGUGGUGGACCCUACUCUGGAUAUUGAGAUACUGUCACACACUUUCAGCUGAGGUGUUGGUGCAGUACAAAUACUUCAUUUCUGGGGAUUAUCAGGAGGUCUCUCUACAAGCCCCUGCUGAGCCCAAAGGGAAAGAAUUCAUCUGGGAGUGGACAUCUCCUGAUGGACGAUACACAAACGCUCGUAUAAUAACUAUGCAGUCCAAUGAAAAGUUUUCAUGGAAUCUUAAAAGUGCGAACAUUUCAAAACAAGGAAAGUACGACCUUUCUCUGAAACCAGAGUUAGAAAAUGCAGGCGUUUUUACUUUCAUUCAAACUAAACCAGAGAAAGUUAAUUUGGUGCAGUUUGAAGUGUUUGCUGUAGAAGUGAAAUCAUUGCGCUCUCAAAAAGCACCUGAAGGAUCUGAUGUGACCAUGAGCUGUGAGGUAUCCCACCUUCCAGAUUCAGCUACACUGGCCUGGGAACGGGACAGAGAACCCACUGCUAACACAACGCUGAUCUACAACAACACUGCCCACAUCAUCAUCCACAGUGUUGACCAACACAGUGAGGGAACCUAUAACUGUACACUCCGACGGAACGGAACGCUUAUUUUCAGCGUUCCCAAUGAACUUAUCGUCCUCAAGGAAACACUUGAAACACGGCACACUCUGUACAGAGGGAGUUUGAACAGCAGUGAGGUGGUGCUAAUCUGCCAUUCUCUGAGCUCAUACACAAAAGCUUCCUGGUCUUGGUUGCCAGUGUCUGAGACACAAGCAAUCUCUGUGGUCAAUGCUGGUAAACACGAGAAUGUUUCAAUUUCCAUGGAGAUGGAUAAAGAGAGAUUCUCAUCUGAUGUCUUUGAUGGGUACAAGUUUCCUCUGAGAAUCUCACCAGUGAAGUUUGGAGACAGUGGAAUGAAUCAGCCAGUUGUGCUGAACUGUGAGAUAUCGCAGGUGAUUGGCACUGUGACCCUGGCCUGGCUCCGGAUGAAGGGGGGCAGGGGGGAGCUCGUGAACCUGAGUCAGCCCAGCCUGAGGAGUGACCAGAGCAGCAAAGCCCUGCAGGACCAAUGCAGUGGUCAGCACCUUGGAGAGAGCCCGGCCAGGAGAAUCAGCACCAAGGCCGGCAACAACGGGGAGAGGCGCGUGGGGAAUGCGGGCACUCAAUACGAACCGUCUCUGAUUGGACAGGCGCAGCUGGACUGCGUUCAAGAGGGAGAGAGACGCCCUACGAAAGGCAGGGCGCGAGGACAGAGCGGGGCUGAGUACUGA